UUGCACUACAUUCCCAACAAAUGAGUGUGUAUCACCAGAUAAUCAGUGCAGUGACACUGUGGGUUGUUUAGGUAACUGAGUCUCUUUCGCUAAAGGCCAGCCAGGAAAAGGUAUGCGCAAGACCUCAAAAUAAUGCAAGGACAUCGAAUUUGGGUGAUUUUGGCCUUAACGUGGCUUUUCUGCUCCGGAUCUCAUGCGGAUGAGGAGACCAGGCUUCUGUGUGAUGAUCCGAGUGUGAACGAUGCCGUGGCUAUGGUUCUUUCAGAGCACAAUAAAGAGUUAACUGAAGGAAACCAACUGGCCCUGUAUCAGAUACUUGAAGCUGCAAAGGCCCAGAAUGAAUCAGGCGAAUUUCUCUCAGUACAUUUUACAGCAAGAGAAACUGACUGUGCAGCAGGAGGAGACAAAGCCUGGCAGGAUUGUGACUACCUGCAAGAUUCCUCGAAGCAACUCAAACAUUGCCGUGCAAGACUCCUGCUGAAAGAAACAAACGAGAUCUUUGCACAUCACUGUUCAGUGGAGCCGCCUCUGGUUGCAGAACCACGUCCCCCAUGCCUGGGGUGCCCUGAGAGUAUUGAUGUGGAGAGUGAAGACAUUAAGGAAUCUUUGAGUUACUCCACCUCAAAAGCCAACAUUCUGAACGAGCACACACAUCACUUCGUUCUCAAAUCUGUCGCUUGGGUCACGAGACAGGUGAUUGCCGGAUUCAGGUAUCGGCUCCAGUUCGACAUGCAAAAAAGUAACUGCACUAAAGAGCACUUUAAGGAGGUUACUGUGGAAUGUCACCCAGACCCUACAGAACCGGUAUUCAUCAACUGUAACUCAACUGUGGAUGUGGCCCCAUGGAGACAUGAGCUCCCUGACACUAGUGUGAAGUGUGAACCUGGACCUUUACAAAUGGGCUUUGUAACACGCAGACGUCCUUCUGGUUGGAGUCCACUGAGGAACAUUCAUGACUUUGAGGUCAAACCUAAAAAAGAUGAUUCAUCUGAAGAAUCACAGGAGGGUAAAACAAAGAGUGCAGAUAUCAAUCCCUCUCAGGCCACAGCCGUUGUGCUUACACCUACUAAUACCACGUCUUUAAACUGUCCCAGCAAACCAUGGAAAGAUUUUGUUGUCAAAAUUGCUAUUCCUCCUCGUCCUCCUCCUCCUCCUCGUCCUGAUUCUAAUGACCAAGUGCAGAGAGGCUUCUCUGACGCUGAGUUGAUAGAUGUUGUUUCUGAAUAAUCAGUGUCAAAAAAAGCUUUAUUAAAAUCCCUUUUACUGAAUUUUGAAUAAAGUAUUGCUGGCAUUUCUAUACACAAUAUUGCAGUGACUCAUAGGGUGACGUAUUAUACAUAUAUUAAAAUAAAGAGGAAAAUACCUUUCAACACGA